GUGGCCCAAGAAUGGGAGUGCAGCAGAUACCCAAAUCCUUUUGGCGGCCCGAAAAGAUCAACCCGACCCGUUAAAUCCGGAGCGAUUCCAGACCCAUUUUUAUACACGAAAGUCAAGUUCGUUCCAAUUUAUUAACAAUUGAUUGGAAAUUUUUCGUCACUCUACACGGUUUGAAUCUCUUACUAAAGAAGGAAUCCAUCAUCGUCUUCUCCCGGCAGUUUCUACAUCGCGAUCGAUAGACCUAGGGCUGUUUCUUUCGCGAUUGAAGGAGAGAGAGGAAAUAUAGAAGAUGUUCAAAAAUUUCUGGGGCUCUCUGGAGCAGCAAGCUCAGCCACGGCCUCAGGAAAAUCCAGCUGAUUCAUGGUAUUCCAAUUCUGCAGUCACCUCUCCUAAUCCUUCUCGCCCAGCAACCCCUGGUUCCAGUUCUUCUAACAGUUACAACGUUUUGCGGCCAGCAGAUCGUCCAAGCACUUCCGCUAAUGUUUCCCCGGCUGCUGCCGGCAUUAUGGAUUUGUUAAAGGAUAAAAGUGUUGAUGAGCUGCGGAAGCUUCUCUCUGACAAGGAUGCUUAUCAUAGCUUUUUGCUUUCUCUGGAACCGGUGAAAACCCAGAACAAACUGAGGGAUGACCUCAAGAAUGAGACCUUGCAACUUGCCAGAGAGAAUUUGGAAAAGGAGCCUCGUAUAAUGGAGCUCAGAAAUCAGUGCAGAAUAAUUCGCACCACUGAAUUGGCCGCUGCUCAAGAAAAAUUACAUGAACUGGAGAGGAAAAAGGAAGAGACUCUGAGAUUCUAUUCUCCGGCUUCCCUGCUACAUCAGCUUCAGGGUAAAUAAUCUGCUGAUGUUUCUUUCUUGGAGUCUUGAUUUUUUCCCUUUCUUGUCUUGUGGUUUCCGUAAAUGCAUUAGGUAAGAUAUAUAUAGAUAUUUCGUGAGACUGCUUGGAAGCUUUCGCCUAGUCAUUAGGUAAGAUAUAUGGAUAUUUGGUGAGACUCUGCUUGGAAGCUUUCGCCUGGUCAACUUGUGUCAAAGGUUCUUUUUUCUUUUUCCACUUCCUUUCUCGAGGGAUAUGAAUUUCUGGUUUGUAGUUUCCAAUAAUUCACUGUUGUGCUAAUAGUAUAAGGAUCUAUAUUUGCUGUGAACUGGCCUUAUCAAAACUGUAUCUUACAAUUUUAGCUGAUUUAAGUAUCCAUUCAAUAAAGUUUUGUUAUUGGAUUGAGGUUCAGGGAUCAAAGGGACUUCUCUGACGUGAAUGUGCUGCUCUUGUUUUUAUAUUUGAACUCCUUUUAGGUUUUCUUUAUUUGUGCCCUUGUAUUCUGUUUAAUAAGAUUUGCAAUCACUGUGAAUACCCUGCUGAAGAUGAUAAGCCUUUUUCUUUUGCAGAAGCAAUGAAUGCAGCUGACCAAGAAUCUGAAGCCCUUCACCGUCAGCUUCUUGAUAAGGAGAUAGAUUUGAGUUCUUUUCUUCAAAAAUAUAAGAAGUUGCGUGAAACGUAUCAUAAGCGAGCACUCACCCAGCUUGCUGCCAAGACAACUCUAAAUGUAUGAUAUGUAUAAUGUUUGUGAAUAUAUGACAAAAGAAGUUAGAUGCAGUUAUGGUGCUUUGGUACUUCAUAGGUGUUUCCCUUUCAUGAUUUUUUGGCCAUAUGUUCCAAUGGAUCUGGUUGUACCAUUUCUAUAUUACAGACUUUUUUAUAAAGACCACUAAUACAAUUUAGAAUUGAGUAUGUGAACUCUUUUUUGGCUGUACACGCAUUUUUGAACACUGAAGUUGAGUCUUGUAAGUAAUCACUUAUGCUGAAGUACUACCUGUCGCAAUCGGACUAAUUUGAUACCGAAUGC